AUGGCAGAGGGCCCGGAAUAUGAUAAACCUACGCCAAUGGAGGAAGUUAACUUAGUAGCCAUGUCGGCUAAAGUAAUCGGAAGAUGGGAUCCUCGAGGAUGGUCCUUGAAGAACAAAAUCUUUCUCGCGGUCGGAAUAAUCAUUGUGAUUGUUGCCGUUAUCGUUGGAGCUGUUCUAGGCGUGCGAGCCAACCGAUAUCCCAACUACUCCUCCUUGGACUACAGCCUGGUAGACACCUACUCGGGGUCAUCCUUCUUCGACAACUUUGAAUAUUAUACCGACGCUGAUCCGGCAAAUGGAUUUGUUCAAUACAUUAGCCGGGCCAACGCCGAGUGGCUCAAUCUCACAUACGCUGAUAGCACAUCUGCCAUUCUCAGAGUUGACACGACUUAUAAUGGAACAGAAGCUGCCAGUGGGCGCCAAUCUGUGAGAAUUACAUCUAACAACACAUAUGCCGAUGGUCUUUUCAUCUUUGACAUUCUGCACACUCCAUACGGUUGUGGAACAUGGCCUGCAUUAUGGCUCACAGACCCCGACAACUGGCCUGCACAUGGAGAAAUCGAUGUCGUGGAAGCUGCCAAUAAAGGUGUUUAUGGGAACCAAGCCACUCUCCACACAUCUGAAGGGUGUUCAAUGGGCGUCAAGCGCAAAGAAUACGGCACAGUGCAGAACAAGAAUUGUUACUACGAGGCGAACGAUUAUUCGGGCUGUGGCGUGAAAGGAACUGAAAGCACCUAUGGGCCUGAGUUCAACUCAAACGGAGGCGGAGUCUAUGCGAUGGAACUUCGUGAUGCCGGGAUCCGAGUUUGGCAAUGGGCUCGUUCCAGUAUCCCAUCCGAUGUGACCUCAAGCAGUCCUGACCCAUCGACCUGGGGUGAAGCCUUUGCAGACUUCCCUAAUACGGAUUGCGAUAUGGGAUCUCAUUUCAAGAACCAGAGCAUCAUCGCUAAUAUCGAUCUUUGCGGUGAUUGGGCUGGUGCAACCACGUACUAUACUGAUCAAAGUAGUUGCUCUGGUACCUGUGAGACAUAUGUGCGGGACAAUGCUGAUAAGUUCAGUACCGCUUACUGGGAGUUCAGCAGUUUCAAGGUCUACCAAGCUACUUGA